ACCGGAACUGACCAAUCAGCGCCAUGGCUCCGGGGAUCAGUAAGAAGGGUGAGAAAAAGGCGGGAAAGUCCAGGAUGGCCGGGUCCAUGGAGAGGAGAAAAAAGCGGAAGAGGAAGGAGACAUACUCAGUCUACAUCUACAAAGUCUUGAAACAGGUUCACCCUGACACGGGCAUCUCCAGUAAGGCCAUGAACAUCAUGAACUCUUUCGUGAACGACAUCUUCGAGCGGAUCGCCUCGGAGGCUUCCCGCCUGGCGCAGUACAACAAACGGUCCACCAUCACCAGCCGCGAGAUUCAGACCGCCGUCAGACUCCUGCUGCCGGGCGAGCUGGCCAAGCACGCAGUCAGCGAGGGCACCAAGGCCGUCACCAAGUACACCAGCUCAAAAUAG